AGUCGCUUAAAAUCUUAGAGGUAGUUCUUUCCAAACUUCCCAUUAGGAAAAAAAGAGUUCUUGACCAGAAAAAUAAAAAAUAAUAUCGAUACAAAGAACCCUGAAAGUUGAAACCACUGGUGUUCUUCUGCCGUGCCGGUGUCCGUUGCAGUGUGCUGUGGUCUUUGCUUCAACUUCCACCUCAGGAAAUUUUGGAAGUUUCAGUUUGAUGGAGCCUCUAUCUACUAAGAAGUCUAGAAGAGAUAGGAACAUGAAAGAAUCAUCUAGAGUGUCAUAUAUGACUGAAGUAAUGGAACCACAAAUUUGGAAAAGUUUUCCUGAAGAUCUAUUUGAGCAUGUGCUUGCACGACUUCCCAUUGCCACAAUUAUCCGCUUCCGCGUUGUAUGUCAGCAAUGGAAUAACUUGAUAACCUCUCAAGGUUUUUCUCAGCACUCAUGUGUUCAAGUCUCACAAGCAAUUCCAUGGUUCUACAUAACUUUUGAAGAUAAUUACAGAGUCAUGUAUGACCCCUUUGAGGAAAGAUGGUAUUAUGAUCCAAAUAUAUUUGGAAUCCCUAUUUUACCAGUUUCUUCUGCAGGGGGUCUAGUUUGUUUUUUUGACUUUUAUUAUCGAGAUUUGUAUGUUUGUAAUUCACUAACUCAAUGCUUCAAGAAGUUGCCGGCUGGGUCAAUUAAGAGAUGGGGUCGUUUAGGGAUGACAGUGAAUGGGAUUGAAGGCUACAAGGUCCUUCGUUUGGAUGAUUAUAAUAGAGAAUAUGAAAUUUACGAUUCAGUAACAAAGAAUUGGGGCCAUCUAGCAAAAGUACCUGAAUGCAUUAACAGGCCAGGAUAUAUUAGUUAUAACCCUGUUUCCAUUGAUGACAUGCUUUACUUCAUGCAAACUCGUCCAACAGGGAUUGUUUCUUGCAACACGUCAACUGGGGUUUGGACACAACACUUAAUCCAAGCGCCAUUGUAUUCGUCUAACUUAGAAUUGGCUGAGUCUGGUGGGCAGAUCAUGCUUGUGGGGCUGCUCACAGAGAAUAAUGUUACGUGUGUAUGCAUAUGGAAGGUGCAGAAAGUGACUUUCUUAUUGAAAGAGGUUGAUAGAAGGCAGUUCUCAGAAUUUCGGGGGAAGUCGGUUAGUCUGGCUUGCUUGGGAAACAAAGGUUUGCUCUUGUGUUACUUGACAUCAAAUAAUAUGUAUUAUAUGGUUACUUACAACGUGGCAACUAGAAAAUGGGUGAAGGUUUGUCUGCCACAUGGAAGAGAACCGCACGCGGAGAAUCGCGUCCUUAUGCAUGGUACUGCAUUUCAACCAUGCUUGACUGCAAUGCCUUAAUUUAGUUUAUAUUGCACAUCAAUGUUCUUUACAACUUGCUAGCUGUUGGGAAUUAUGUAGGAAUGGUAAUAUAUUUUGAUGGUUUUCCAAUUUGGAUGUCUCACCCUAAACCACUCAUUAUAAAUUAAUUGGUUAUGAGUUAGUUAUGCUACUUCCACUACAUUUUGAGGUUUUUUAUGCCUCUCGUAAGAAGGCUUUUAUUGUGAUUCUUUUUUAUUUUAUGUUUUGCUAAAUCAAUGUUUUUUUCUUGACGGCUAAUGUUAAUAAUUAGUAUUGUUAUUUUUUC